CAGCAUUUAUAUUGACGUAAAAAUGGCUUUAUAGUUUGUGCGCAAGCAACAACAACAAGCACCUAGGUGCCUCAACACAAGAACAACAUGGAAACGUAUAAAAAGCAAGCCGCCACCAUGGCAUCCUCACAACAACAAGAAUCACAGAUACAACAACCAUUCGCAUUCUACGGACCGGAUUGCAUCUAUUCAACAUCUAUUUGUAUAUCGAGUUUGACAUCUGAUUUUGACACUGAAUAUGGACACAUCAUCAUUUCACCUGACAAUGGAGAGUUUGGAUCUACCGCGGGAGCUGUACUGGGAUCACAAAAUGGAGCCCCAGUCGCCAACAUCGGCUGCGGAAGCCUCCGAUCUGUUUGCGCUCACUGAGUCAGCAGACGGAGUGUGGCUCUAUGAUGACAACUUUGCAAAUGGCAUUUCACUGAUAGGAGAUGAGGAGGGUCUGGCGCUGGAUGAAGAAGCCUCAUUGGAUCUAUUGGGCAACGAGGAGUUGAUUGUGGAGUUUUUGGACCUGAAGGAUGAAGAAUGCCUCCUGGACCAAAAGGCCCAUCUGAACUGCAUUGAUUAUGAGACAAACACCUACAUCCCAAAUGUAGUCGAUGCAGUCGGACAGCCGAUAAUACCCACAACCAAAGCACACUUUGCUGCUGCUAUAGCUUCGCCUGUGGCUGCUGAUGAGGAGUACCAGCCCGUGGAUCCCUCAUCGAUCCUGCAGUUGACGCCACCGCAAUCGCCGCCACAGUCGCCGCCUCAGUUCGAUGGAUACAAACAACAACCCGAACUGUCGCCAGCACCGGUACUCGUCAAGGUCGAGCAGAAGCCAUACUAUGCCACUGAUGCUAUUCCGGCCGUUGCACCGGCCACGCCGUUCAGCUUCAACGCUGGACACUGGGUGGCGGGCAGCGAGAUUGCCCGGGAGAACCAGUUGAUCGAUGACAUUGUCAACAUGAGAGCGCAGGAGCUGGAGCUGCCCCCCAACUGGCAGCAGCUGAACGAUGACUGCGAAUCUCAGGCCUCGUCUUCGAUGGGUUGCAGCAGUAGCAGCAGCAGCAGCAGCAGCAGAGUGAGCGGCAGCAUUGCCGAUGUGGAUGAUGACUGGCUGCCAGAGCAGACAAGCAGCAGCAGCUCAUCCCCUGCUUACACCUCCAUGGAGAACACCUCGAUGGCUGCUCCCAAGAAACGCACUCGCACCUACGGACGCGGCGUGGAGGAUCGCAAGAUCAGGAAGAAAGAGCAGAACAAGAAUGCCGCCACACGCUAUCGCCAGAAGAAGAAGAUCGAAAUGGAGAGCGUGCUGGGCGAAGAGCACGAGCUGACCCAAGAGAACGAGGGUCUGCGUCGCACCCUGAGGGAGCGUCGCAGCGAGAUGCGCUACUUGCGGCAGUUGAUACGCGAAUUCUACCAGGAGCGCAAACGUUAGGCAUGGCGGCAUCCCUCCCAUCUAAGUUUUAAAUGUCCUUUGCAAAGUUAUCGUUAUAAAAUGUUACACAAAACCAAGCAUCCUCAUUACCAGAACGAAACACCACAAAACAAACAACUUUCUAUGUACAACCAGCAAUCAUCCAAUGUCCAAGCCCCACGCCCAAUAGUAGUAGGAGUACCAGCAGUCUGUCUUGGCCCGCACCUUUUGGCACUCAUGACGAGUCCCCGUGGACUCCGAAACCCCUCCUGCCAGUGCGGCCGCCAACGACAAAACAAGAUCCCCCAGCAGCACAGGCCAAUGUGUCGCCUUCCAGUGGCACCAAGAAUUUGCACCGAAAAAAAUGCACCCCAAAUGAAAACCUUUUUGUGUAGUCUCCUAAGAAAGUAUAUGCCAACCCCCUGUGCUGUGGCUGCUGUGCAUGUACUCGUUUGAUUAGUUUUCCUUUCGUUUUUCUUGGACAUUUUCUUGACAAAUGUAACAGAUAUCUUUCUUAUUUUUUUUAACAAAUAAAUACCUGUAUGCAGAAUAUUAUACAAUAUAUAUAUCAGCAAUAAA